AAACGGAUGGUUUCAUAGGAGUACUUUUCAUUAAGGAAGAGUGGUAGCUGGCAGGUUGAAGAUCAGAUCAUAUCCCCAGAUCCUCCACGACUACGAUUUGGAAACAGAGGUGGAUGAUGGAAGAAAGUAACAAUGAUGUUGUGGUGAGGAUAUGGGAGGUGAACAAGGAACGCUUAGCACGUAUGCAGCAGAAAAUCUCGGAGGAGCCACGAUUACUGCGCAAAAGCGCAGGCAGAAGCUCAUGUUGCAUCUUCAGAGUGCCUCGAACACUAGUUGAGAUCAACAGUCGCUCUUAUCAACCUCAUAUAAUCUCCAUAGGUCCAUAUCACAGGGGUGAGCCUCAUCUCAAAAUGAUCGAGGAGCACAAGUGGUUGUACUUGGGCUCCUUGAUUGCUAGAACGCAGCGUCAUGGGUUGGGCUUACAGGACUACUUGAGAGCCCUACAGCCAUUGGAGAUGGAAGCUAGAGAGUGUUAUUCGGAGAUAAUCCACCUUGACACCCACGACUUCUUAGAGAUGCUGGUCCUGGAUGGUUGCUUCAUAAUUGACUUCUUUCGUAAAAUUGGAAAAAUGCAUCCCUUUGAGCCAGAUGACCCUUUGGUCUCCAUGUCAUGGGUGUUCUCCUUUUUCUUGAGGGAUCUUCUUCUGCUGGAGAAUCAGCUUCCUUUCUUUGUUCUCCAGCGCCUGUUUGAUCUCACAAAAAUGCCAGGAGAGGAGUCAGGCCCUUCCUUGGCUAGCCUUGUUUUGGGAUUCUUCAACAACACACUGCAAAGGCCAGAUGAGAUCCUCCAAAAGCAUUGCAACCUCAAAGGCAAGCACUUUCUCGACUUACUUCGGUUAAGCUUCAUCCCUGAGGAACAAGAGCUAGGAACCCUCGACCAUAGACCCACCCACUUGAUCCAGUGCGUGUCAAAGCUUCGUAAAGCAGGAAUCAAGCUCAAGUCCGGAAAGGCCGAUAGUUUCUUGACUGUAAAAUUCAGGAAUGGAGUGAUGGAGAUGCCACCUGUAACCAUAGAUGAUUUCCUCACCUGUUUCUUCCAAAACUGCGUAGCCUUCGAGCUAUGCCACAAGGACUGCACCAAGCACAUCACCACCUACGCUACUUUGUUGGAUUGCCUAAUCAACACAUCUAAAGAUGUGGGGCAUCUCUGCGAACGUAACAUUUUUGAGAAUUAUUUUGGAACCGAUGCAGCAGUUGCUCGAUUCAUCAAUAAUUUAGGCAAGGACGUGACUUUUGAUCCAGACAACUGUUAUCUUUCCAAAUUAUUCAACGACGUGAACGAGUAUUAUCACAAUGGUUGGCAUGUUCAGUUAGCGGGCAUGAAGUACACAUAUUUCGACACUCCUUGGUCAUUCAUAUCAGCCUUUGCUGCUUUCAUUCUCCUCCUCCUCACAAUAGUCCAAACCUUCUACACCGUUUAUCCUUAUUUUCAUCGUCAAUGAUCGUCGGCUUCAUCAUCCAUAUUCGUGGCCAUUCAAUUUCCCAUGGCUGGAGAAUCGAAGGUACACAUAGGUUGCCAGGUGGUGCCCAAGGCGUAAAUAUUAGCCCUCGCAACAUGACAGUCUUCAAGAUGAAUAAAUGAAUAUCCACCCAACUUAACUCCGAGGCUGCGUUUUGGGGUUGUAUUGGACUAGUCUUACAAUAUCUAUAUUAAUAUAAGGACUUUUAAUAGCUUGAGUUGGGUCGAGUUGUCUUGGAAAAUAUUUUGGACAAUAAUUGGGCGUCAAGCUUGAAUAGAUUUGUGAUCAGAUAACCCAAUCCAACGUUAUCUAUAUAUAUCCUUAUUGUGUUUCGAAACUCAAUUUGACAAUUCAUGACCUCAAUCGAUUUUGUCAGCUCAAGAAUACGAACAAUAAUAUAUACUAUUGUGUUGUGAGAUGUCUUGCUUUUCUGCAGUGGCACAGAGCUCUGAGGUAUGCGCUUAAUUUUCCGAGGAAAAACCGAUUAUAUAUAGCUGGAAAUGGAUUAAUUUUGAAACAGCCAUGAUAUUUGAGGAUUGAGAGGUUGAAAAUACUGAUAUUUUGUAAACGUUUGACUGAUUGUUUAUGAAUUUUGAUAUUCCAUGCACGUCUUCUCCCACAUAUAUAUAUAUAAACACAUCAUCUAAACUAAACAAAUCCAUUUGUUUUCCUAAUUUUCUUACUCGACUCCUAUAUAAUAGCCUGUUAUAAUAUAUGUUAGCUGAAUACACAUUCACACGUCCAACACUUCAUGAUGUGGUCAAAGUGGUCCAGCACUUUGACCACGUCCUCCACCAUCCCUCUUUCGUUGCGCUUAAGGAGCACAUUCCAGCAACUGGUCAACAUGGUGGCAAGAGCAAUAUGGUAUGAUGGAAGUCACGGUUAUAAAUAUAUGAAAAAUGGUCCCAAACUCGUCUGCUACUAUUAUUAUCUUCAGGAAAAACACCAUCUAAAAAAAGAUAUAAAAGUUUGGAAAUCUGGGUUUUUGAAACUGAUUAUAAUGACUGGAGAUAAGUAGACUAUUCUUAGUCUUUUCAGUUUUGAUUUAUGUUGCAAAGUCAUUAGAGUCGAAUAUAGCAUGUAAACUUCUUUCAACAUACACUUACAGCGAUUAAGAUAUAAAGGACUAAAGGGUUGAAGAGGACUUCAGUGUGGGUUGUUU